AUGUGGGUACCGUACACCGACACCAUCGUCGUGGUGGUUUCCGAUGUUGCCGAGCCUGGCGCAGAGGCGAAGCCGGCGCUUCCCGAAGAGGGGCGGGUGGAACCUUUGAAGGAGCUGUUGAGAACUCUGGUGGAGGACUGUGGCGACCUCGAAGGUAAGAACUUCGCACAGCUGCGAGAAAGGCUGCUGGAGCUGGACCCAUUGGACCCGGCCCAUGUUGCGAAGGUGAACGAGGCAGAGGCGGAGUUCUGGCGGCGGAGUGCCGGGGAGCGGAUCGCAGACUCCACGGAGACUUCGCCGCAUUGA